CUGCAUCGCUGUUCUGGGAUCUCCGCCACUGGCGCACCUUAGAACGUCUUUAAAGAAGCGCUUGCAUGUUAAUCAAUCGGAAGGGGCGAGGAGGGGAGGAAUAGCUCCCAUGGCGCUACGUUCCACAAUGCUGAGAGGACGUGGAUGCCUUUUGCAGAACAAUUGCAUACUUGAUUUUACAGCAUUGCUGGCCGGCAGCAGCGCUGGUGGCGCGACAGAGCCUUGUCCUUCCGCUAGAAGAAAGCUUGAAAGUGGUGCGCAUGUUGGAGUAGAUAUUGAGCAGGGAAGAGACAGCGAUGCAAAUGAGAAGCUUUUGCAUGCAAUAAGAGCAUCGUCGCUGUGUCUGCCGCGACUUGGCCACCUUCGGCAGAACAUAGAAGUGCGCAGGACCGCUGGAGUGGAUGUGGCAUCUCCACAGAGCUUUGGAGCAUCAUGUUGCAACUCGCAGUUCCUGGCAAGAAGAGGCUACCACAGUAGUGGUGGUGGUCUUCAAAAGGCAGACGUGAUCAUCCCUCCGCCUGAGAGGAAAAGGAUGCAAGAGACUGGAGACAGGAACGUUGACAUCUUCGACCGCGAAGUGAAGAGGAAGCAUAGGGACAGGGCCGCGCUGAUUGGCUCCCUGCAAGACCCCUUGCUAGACCAUGUGACUGACUCUCUGCUCGACCGUCUAGAAGACAUCAAGCGCGACUUCCCAGUCGCCCUGAGCUUGGGGGGAGCAGGGGAUUCUGUUCGGAGGCACCUGAGGGGCAGAGGGAACAUCCAGACGCUCUACCAGAUGGACCUCUCCCAAGCGAUGCUUGACCGUUCGGCCGAAGCGCUCAACGCACCAAUCCCCCCCGAAACCCUCUUCAACCCCACAAUGGAGGCGCCAAGUACCUCAAACCCUUCCGAGCCUCGCUCGCUCGAUUCGGACGCAUCUGAAGUGCCAAGCACUUCCGGACGUCCGGAAAUCCAGUAUGUGGUCGGGGACGAGGAGCUGCUUCCGUUCCGAGAAGAGUCCCUCGAUCUAGUUGUGAGCUCGCUGGGGCUCCAUUGGGUGAACGAUCUUCCGGGGGCAAUGAUCCAGGCGCGGCGCGCUCUGAAGCCAGACGGGCUGUUCCUGGCCGCAAUGUUCGGGGGCGAGACGCUCAAAGAGCUCCGGAUUGCCUGCUCGGUAGCGGAACUCGAACGAGAGGGGGGCGUGAGUCCCCGCGUGUCUCCUUUGGUGCAGGUUCGGGACGCCGGCAACUUGUUAGGCCGUGCUAACCUUGCGCUGCCGGCUGUCGACGUGGACACUUUCACCGUCAACUAUCCCAGCGCUCUUGAGCUAGUCGAGCAUCUUCGCUCCAUGGGGGAGGUCAACGCCGUUAGAAACCGCCGCCUGGUUCUCCCACGGGACACAGCGCUCGCGACCGCCGCUGCAUACCAGAGCAUGUUUGCGAACAAAGACGGGAGCGUCCCGGCAACCUUUCAGGUGAUAUACAUGGCAGGCUGGGCACCUCACUCUACCCAGCAAAGGCCGAGGCAACGGGGUUCGGCUACCGUCUCACUUGAAGACUUGGCCCAGGUUGUGGAAUGGAGGCCGGAAGGAAAUGACCCUAAAUGAGUGGCGCAAAAAUGCCUUUUUUCACAAGAUGUUGUUGCCUUUUGCUGAGUCGAUAUCUUUCCGCAUGCUUCUGUGUGCUUCAUGUUUGCGUACUGGUUCCAUCAUUUUCAAGUAGCUUGCCAGGAUUCAUCAAGCAGCUCAAGAGUAUGACGUCAUUCACAGGAUUGCAUAUCCUGUGAAGGUCCCGUGGCAGCCUACUUAAGUUUUCCUCUUUCUAGAUCCAGAUCAAUUAGUUUCAAGCAUAAGAUCUCUUUCACUAUAAUAUAACUAUUUCUUAACAUGGUUAACGAAGAACCCAGGUUUUUUUCCAGAAUCUAAACGCCUAAUGAGGGAUUUGCCCAUCUAUUAGGUGCGUUCCCGGUUCAUUUGAUCCAGACGGCACAAUUGAAUACUCGGGUCCAGGAUUUGUC